AGUCCCCAAGAAAAAGGCAAGGCCGAAUGCCACAACGGGGGGUACAGAAGAGGUCACUCUUUGAACCGAGUCCAGAAGAUGAGAGUGAACUUUCAACUCCUUCAACCGAUGUGUCAUUAGCUUCAACUAUAUUACUGCCUGAGAGCGAUGAUGGCAACGAUGAGCUCAGUCCAGACCAGGACAGCCGCAAAACCCAAGCAAGGCACUAUAAGACCUUAAGUACCAUGUACAGCAGACCUAACUCCAAGCCGAACCAAUGUGAUGUUGCUCAGAUUUUGAAUUUGGAGUUUGAGGCCAGACGGGCCUUCAUCGAUUCCGACGCAAUAAGGAAAGAAGACAGGGCCGCCAAGGUCAUGGAUGCGUAUCCAUGUUUUAAAGAUCCUAGACAUGCAAUCGAUGAGCUUGGGCGUAUCUUGGGUGGCACCAACAAAAGAUACAUCGAUGAGACCAAGAACAGAUGGGAAAACUUCUGUGCCAAUGUGCAGUUAUAUGGUCUGUGGAAGAAGGUCCUAAAAAAACCCUUUCCUAUUGAUACGUAUGGAGCGGAGUUUACCAUUGCCCUUCUGCAAUCACUACCCUCUCUCUUCCCAUCACCAAAACUGCCACCAAAACGUCUUGGAAAUGCCAGUGAGGCUCUCAUCCAUGUUCUCCAGGGAAACGAGGAUCCCAACAAAUACCUGGAGACGCGUCCACUGUCGUCCCCAGUCCUUUUGUACGAUGGCACUGUGUGCAUUCUCGCCAUUGGUGAGGUUCCUGUUAGCCCCCUGGAAAACGCAUUCGAUGGCAUGAUCACACUGAUGGCGUACUACUAUGCCUUUAAUUUAACGUACCCAAAAUGCAUUGCAACACUUUUGUCUAAUUCAGACAGAGGUUCUUUCUGAUGAAAUACAUGAGAGUGAUGCCACAAGGGUAUAUGACAAGACUAUGACUGAGUGGAAGGAAUUUACUACGAAAUAGCUCAGUUUCUCCCAGGGGGCUCCCAGGCCAAAAGAAUGUCCUGUUUCUAUCUUAAUUGGUUGACUGUUUAUUUUUUAUUUUAUUCAAUUGCAAUAUA